UACAGUUUAUUUCAAAGUCGCCCUUGCGGGUUACCUGUAUUUAAAGAUUACACCAUGUGUCAAUUUGAAUUGCAGGGGUGUCAAAUUAAAUUUUUGUGAAAUUAUUUACACAUUUCAAUUCACCCAUACUCUUUGCUGUACUUGAAAAUAAUGCAAUGAGAAAACAUAUAAAAUCAUUACCAUGCCUCUAUUUCGUCGAAAAACAGAAAGUUCAUUACCCAAAACUAGUUCUAUAUCAAUAUAUGGACAAGGGAGAGCUCAACCUUUGCACAGAAUUAAAAAUUCUGAUAAGCACUCUGAUUCUGACUCAUUUUCAAGUAUUGACUUGGAUGAUAGACCACAUCCGCUUGCCUUUGCCGAGGCUACAUUUGAGUCUUCACUACCUAUGAAAACCAAGUCACGAUUAUCUAAAGAUUUGCUGGAAGUUCUUCAUGACAAUGCAGCUCUGGCAUAUUUUAUCCAAUUUAUGGAUGCCAACAAGGCCAAGCAUUUGGUUAAAUUCUGGCUUGAAGCGGAGAGCUUUCAAGUUUCGUCUGAAACUAAACGAUGGAGUCUAACAGUUACCUCAAUGUCAGGUCAAACGAAUGAUGACCAUCUCGAAUACGACAGCCAUUCCGGAGCUUUGACUGUUCCUAGCAGUGCCAGCAGUGACUGUGCAUCAUCAGAAAAAUCUGAUGAAGUCUUCCCUUCCUCUAGUCAUUCAAACUAUUCUAGUGCAAGACCAAAGUCAAAAAGGAAAGGUUUGAACUCUGUAAGUACUCAUGAUGUUGUGCCUGUUGUUCCAAAUAGUUUUAAUGAGACUUCAACAAAAGUUAGUGUUUCAAAAAACUCUGUAAAUAAUAAGCAGUCUAGUGACAUUCAGCAGAGUUCAUCUAUCGAUUCAGGUUGCGAAGUGAAGUCUGUUCAAGGCUCUAGUGUUGUGCUGCAAGAAACACUAGAUUCUGUUGGUGACUGUGCGACUGAAAAUAGAUUGAAUGUAAAUAAUCUUUCCAAACCCAGCUGCCAAGAGAGCUUUGAUGCAAGUUCUGAUGUUGAUUGUGGUAAAGAACAAGACACAGAAAUACUCAAAGAUGGGCUAGGAAAACUUGAAACAAGUACUGAGCAAGAUGCUAAAGCAAUUUAUUAUAAAUACAUUGCUCAGGAUGCUCCAUCCCCGAUUGGCGUAAAUGACGAGCUUAGAAGUAUGAUUCAGGAUGAAAUUUUUCGUCCCUCUGGUGAUAUUGAACCACAUUGUUUUGUUUUGGCUCAAGAGUUUGUUGUAAAAAGAAUGGACAAAGAGUUUUUUCCUAAUUUUUUACGAAGCAGUUUUCAUUGCAAGCAUCAAAUUGAUGUUCUAACCAGUGGAACCGUUUUCCUAGCUGAUGUGCUGUAUAAUGAUUCUGCUCUUUUCUUUUUUAUGGAGUUUAUGGAACAAGAAGGUGUUCGUCACUUGGUAGACUUUUUGCUGAUGGCACAUAAUUUCCAGAAACAUUUACUUUCUUUAAAGGAAUAUGAUGGUUUGCAGGCUCAAACAGAUGCCAUGAUUUUAUAUGAAAAAUAUUUUUCUCUUCAAGCUACAACUCCUUUGGGAUUUAGCGAUGAAGUGCGUUGUGAAGUUGAAACUAAUAUUUGUCGAGAGGGUGGUCCUUUACCCGACUGUUUUGUUAAACCUGUGAAAAUUCUUAUGCAGUAUUUAGAAAAAACUUACCUGUUGCAAUUUUUAAAUAGUCAACUUUAUUUCAAAUACAUUUCGGAGUGCAUUAUUAUAAUUCAAAAUGGUGUAACAGAUGUUCCUGUGCAGCAAAAAUAUCCAGGCAGUGAUAGUGGGAGUGAGCAAAGUCUUCCUAUAUCAACUGUCAAUACUCUUCUAGCAAUGGAUAGCAAGCAACCUGGUGCUUCGAAAAUAAUCAAAAACAUUGAUGACCAAGACUUGAGGAUAGAUACAAUCCAGUUCAAACCAGAUGCUCUAUGGCAGAGGCCUCUAGCUGGGAGGUUGCAAAUGGCUCAUGUGGACCAUUUGGGACGGGUAACUACUGAAUUUGAACCAGAACCAGAUAAAAGACGAGAAUCUAGGAUUUCAAAAGCUGUAAAAAAACUAGUCAAUUGGGAGGAAGAUAAAAAUCAAGAAGAUAUGGCUUGGAAAGUUGCUGAAAUGAUAGUCAAAGACAUUUGUAGUGUAACAAUGCCAGAUGAACCAUCCUUAGCUGUAGAAAAAAGUCCAUCGCACAGCCAUUCUUGAUUUUUG